AUGAGGAUGGAAGAAUUUAAAAAAAACAUGAGCAGCGGUUGGGGUUUCCGAUCGUCAUUAGCUAGAUUUAGAAAAGGAGAAUAGAAAAGAGUUUGAGGGGUUGUUAACAGUGAGGGUAAGAGGUAGAUCUGUAGGUUCCGGCAGGUCUGCAGAAGGUAACGGAAAUUUUUUUUCUGGAGAGGUUUUUGGAUUGUUUUGGAAUUUCUGGCGGAGUUUCUGAAUAUUCAAGGGGAAAAGAAGGAGCUUUCGCUGAUGAUGAUGACAAUGUGGAUGAAGAUUAUGGCAUUGUAGCUAUUUCUUCUCGGACCAGGUUCUUCCUUUUGAUUCUCAUUUGAAUUAUUCCUUCAAUCGUUAGUGGCAAUUAUUGUUUCCUAGGGUUUCUUGGUUCGUUCUGUAUAAUACCUAUAUGGAGAUUAAGAACUAAGAAGGGAGGAAAGAUUCAGAGAGAUGUUAGAAGGGAGGGGAAAAUUUUAAAAAAGAGGAAAAUCAAAAGCGAAAGAGAAUGUCGAACUCGGCACCAUCACCGGGUUCCGCACCUCAAUCUCCUCCUUCUCCUCCCAGUCAAACAUCUCCCCCAACAGGUGCUCAAUCUUCUCCUACAGCUUCUCCUGCUCCGCCUCAGGGGUCACCACCACCCACACAGGUGCAGAAUUCUCCCCCACCCACUUCAAAAGCCACCCCUCCAUCUUACUCGCCGCCUCCGACAUCUACCCCACCAUCCGGUUCCCCUCCUUCACCACCACCUUCGCAAUCAUCGGGUUCUAGUUCUCCACCACCAACACCGGCAGUGAGUUCAAACCUGCCACCCCCAUCAGGUUCAGGCUCGUCAAAGUCUCCACCUCCAUCUUCAAAUCCUCCCCCACAAGUGCCACCUCCUCCAGCAUCAAAAUCUUCUGCUUCUCAUCCUCCUCCAGCUUCCCCAAAUUACUCCCCUCCACCAACCAGCACUCCUAGUUCACCUGUAUUUUCUCCUCCUCCGCCUAAUACUCCUCCUGCUGGAUCCGUACCAACUCCAUCUGCUCCUAAUGUCCCUCCUCCGCCAGUUACAGGAAACUCAGGAUCACCACCAGCACAAACAACCUCCCCUCCUUCAGCUCAAAGCCCACCCAACGCGGUCCCAUCUCCUCAAGCACCUGGAUCACCAUAUCAAUCUUCAACCCAAAAUCCUACUCCCCCAAAUGUCCCUCCAUCUACAUCAACUCCUCCAGCUCUGCAAACUCCAAAUCGUGUCCCAAGUCUAUCCCCUCCAUCAUCCUCCACCCUUUCCCAAUCUACCACUUCGUCGAAAUCAAGUAGCACUACUUCUGGACAUGGUCCUGCUAUUGGAAUUACAGUUGCAGGGGUGAUGAUUGUUGCCUUCGUUGCCUUCUUCUUUGUGGUAAGGAGGAGGAAAAAGAAACAAGAAGUUGCUUUUUCAGCCCAGUAUAAAUCUACACCAAGCAACUACUCCGGACAACCAGAUGGGUAUUAUUAUCACUCCUACCAAUAUACAGGGGGGGCUUCUGGACAAACAGGUGGAAAUUUCCCAACCUCUCCUUCUGCACUUGGACAUAGUUAUGGAAGCCACAAAGGAUAUAGUCCUCAGGCUCCAGAUGCGAAUGUCAUGGGUACCCAAUCAUGGUUCAGCUAUGAAGAGCUAAUGGAAAUAACUAAUGGGUUUUCUCGGCAAAACAUUCUGGGUGAGGGUGGGUUUGGAUGUGUUUACAAGGGUUGGCUUCCAGAUGGGAGAAUAGUGGCAGUGAAACAGCUCAAGGCUGGUAGCGGACAGGGAGAGAGGGAAUUCCAAGCUGAAGUUGAGAUCAUUAGCCGUGUUCACCAUCGGCAUUUAGUCUCUUUGGUGGGCUAUUGCAUUGCUGAUCAUCAUAGAUUGCUUGUUUAUGAAUUUGUUGCAAACAAGACUCUUGAACACCAUUUGCAUGGAAAAGGACUGCCUGUGAUGGAAUGGUCCAAAAGAGUUAAAAUUGCACUUGGUUCUGCUCGAGGGUUGGCUUAUCUUCAUGAAGACUGUCAUCCAAAAAUCAUCCACAGGGACAUCAAAUCAGCAAACAUACUGUUGGAUGAUGCCUUUGAAGCACAGGUUGCUGAUUUUGGGCUUGCGAAAUUAACAAAUGAUACAAACACCCAUGUAUCAACUCGUGUUAUGGGGACAUUUGGGUACAUGGCACCAGAGUAUGCAUCAAGUGGCAAACUGACCGAUAGAUCUGAUGUGUUCUCAUUUGGAGUUGUGCUUCUAGAGAUUGUGACGGGGCGUAAAUCUGUUGACCCAACUCAGCCUUUGGGGGAAGAAAGUUUAGUUGAAUGGGCGAGGCCACUCUUGAACCAUGCCCUUGAGACUGGAGAUUUGGAAGAAAUAGCAGAUCCAAGGCUUGAAAAGAGAUAUGUGGAGAGUGAGAUGUUUAGACUGAUUGAGACAGCUGCUGCUUGUGUUCGCCAUUCUGCUCAAAAGAGACCCCGCAUGUCGCAGGUUGUGAGAGCAUUGGACACCGAGGGUGAGAUGACAGAUCUCUCCAAUGGUGUGAAAUAUGGUCAGAGCACAAUUUUUGAGUCUGGCCAGAAUGCCGACCUUCAGAGAUUCCGAAGGAUGGCGUUUGGUAGUAGUGAUGAUAGCUCUGAUUACAGCAUAUACAGUGGGGAGAACAACUCUAGAGAGGUACCACUCAAAACCCAAAGUUCAUGGAGUCAGAAUGGUUCAACUGAGUUCUCCAUUGUUGGCAAAGGCAGGCCAUAAUAAACCAACCAAAUGGUUAGUGAGCAUAGUUCCAACAAAGCCCAAUUCAACAAAUGAAUCCACAUGUAUAACAGAAGGUGAAUUCUUUGGUUAGUGUAGAUUCUUCUUCGAAUGUACCUUGGCCAUAGAUACUGCUUUAAAGAUGCUACAGCUCAAGGGUACUUUACAUCCAGCUGUGUUUGAUUCUGGAGGUUCCUUGGGAGCAAGAAAAAAAUUUUCAGUAGCUAGAAUUCUGGAACCACAAUCUUCAUCUCAACAUGUUGGAUGGUCACAACAACCAAGUGCUGUAACUCAGCUCACCUGACCUUAUUAGUACAAGGAUGUUUUUCUCCAGGUCUUUUUUGGUGGAGGGGGAGCGACUGCUCAGAGUGAUUUAUGUCAUUAUAUUAUUUAUGUGACUCAUUUAUUUUCAUUUUAUAUCAGUGAAAUUUUUAAUCAUUGUUUUCUUUGUUGUAA